UUGCAUAAACAUGUGAAUAUCCGCAAGCAACAAGAAGAAGAAGCAUUUAUUUACAUGCGGAUUUAAUUUUAUUUGAAAGCUAAGAUUAAACUAAUUUGAGUUGUUCCGGAGCCGAGAAAAAUCAUGCUAACACCACAUCGCGAUAUAACGAAUAGUUGUCUGAUAUGCCAGGCAAUUGAAGAAGACAAUGAUUACGAGGCACUGUUUACGGUCAACAAGGAAGAAGCUAGUGAUAAUGGAUAUGCACUAACGGCAAUUGGGGAAAUGUAUGAGGAACUAAUCGGCCUUAAAAUACCUUUGGAAAUGUGUAACAUUUAUCCACAGUUUUUAUGCAACACCUGUGAUUUACAGAUGAAGUUAUUUAAAAAAUUGCAACUAAAAGCCAGACGUACUGUGGAGUUAUUAAAAGAAAUUUAUGAUGCUGAAGAACUGGUGAAAGAGGAUUUAUAUAGUGAAUGCUGUGGUAUAGAAUGUACUGAUGAAGAUAAUGAUCUAGAAAAUAUAUUGGUCGAAAUGAAAUCAGAAGAAGAAGGGGAAGAGCGAGUAGCGGAGGACGAGGACCAGGAAAUUAUUGAAGCAAAUAAUAACUUAAUGAAGGGCGAAACACUUUCACAGCAUAUAGAAAUAUUGAAUGACUUGGAAGAAGUUGAAACAAAUGAUUGUGUUACAGACAUCCGUGAAUUUAUCACUCACACUGAUCAAUUCCGUGUAGAAGAAAAUCGGCCUGAAAAUCAGAUUGAAGAAUAUGUUUUGAAUUUCAAUGAAAAUUCUGAAACUUGCAUACAAUACCCUGAAGAUCAGGAAGAGGGCGAAUUAUAUCAAGAGGAGCUCAUUGAUGAUCACCCAAACGAAUCUAGAAAAAGAAAAAAACCGAAAGAAGAUCUUAAUUGUUUGGCUUGUGGAAUUAUUUUUGAAGAUGCAAUAGAAUUUAAAUAUCAUUUACGCUCCGAGCAUGACGAAAAGUAUCCUUGUGGUGAAUGCUCCAAAUUAUUCCAUUCUUCAAAAUCUUUAAAAUUGCAUAUGAAUUUACACAAUGGUUUACUGCCUUAUCAAUGUGAGCCUUGCCAGCGUUCGUUUAAUCAAAAAGUUCACUUUCUAAACCAUCUAAACCGUCAUAAUAACAUCAGGAAUUUCAAAUGUGACGAAUGCGAUAAAUCCUUUUUUGCCAAAGCUGAUUUAAAAAUUCAUGCACGCACUCAUACGGGCGUAAGACCUUACGUUUGUAAGAUAUGUUCAAAAAGCUAUAUGCUAUCGGAUCAUUUACGAACUCACCUCUACACUCAUACAAAUCAGAAAUUUGAAUGUAAAUUUUGCCCACAAAAAUUUAGCACACCAUCGACUCUUAGACUCCAUCAAAAAACCAUUCACUUGAUGGAGAAACGUUUUAAAUGCCAGUAUUGUGAAAAACUAUUUCGCCGUAAGCAUCAUUUGAUGAAUCACAUAAAAAACCUUCAUGCGGAUUUGGAGUAUGCAUACGAAACGGAAUUAUGUCAGAAUCCUUCAGUUGAAACAAAUAACGAUAAUCCCACUGCUGAUUUAUAUAUGGAUAAUAAUGAUAUUAUAAGUAGUAUAACUGGGGAUUGUCAUGGGUAUAUAGUAUUUCCACCAGCAGUAGUUCCAACGUAAUAGAAAGUCUUUUCAUAUUUUAUUGCUAUUAAUAAAACUAAAUUCGACUUUGCGGAUUUAAUUUGAAUUACUCGAAAGAAUCGAGUUUGCUUGGUCACUUUCUUAAAAUAACAAACUAAAUAAGUUAAAGGGCAGAGAUGCGUAGCAAAAUUCC